ACAGAAACCCGGAAGUGCUAAGCAGGUAUGUUGUCUUUUUUUCUUUUUUAGUUGAAGGUAUGUGUGGUAACACAGGUGGACUCGGGAAGAUGUGACGUGUUGGUUUGUCGGAGAGAAAAUAUGGAGGCCGGUGUUCUGCGUUGGUUGCUUUUCGUCGCGCUGACAGCCUGGACGUUAGGAGACGACGGACAAGUGACUUUUGAGUCCGAGCUGUCGUCCAAGCCCGCUCAGAAGUUGUCAAAGUACGGCUGGUACGCCAACGUCAGGCUGCAGAGGUUCCACAUACAGGAGCAGACCGCCAUUGCUCGCUGGGUCUUCUCAGUCAAAAGGGGCCACAGCUUCAACUGUGGGCAGCACAACGUCAGCAUCCACCUCCGAUGGGGCGCCCCUCCCGUCAUAAACCCAACAGAGACUGUGUUUCCAAAUGCAACACUGUGGGGCCCCUCCUUGUCCCUGACUCUACCGGUAACCUCCCAGAGCUCCACGACCUUUAACCUCUCCGAUCCGGCUCCAGGCGAUUGGUUCGUCGCUGCGCAUUUACCGGAGGACGAUGGGCGCAUAGAGCAGAAGGGCUUCCCGUCCUGCUCCUAUUACUUCCAGCCCCAGCUGUCGGUCAGGAGAGCGGCGGACACGCCCGUUCUGCACCAGGGAACCGUCCUGACUCAAACCGCAGCCCCCGACAGACCCGCACGUCUCAGGUUGUUUGUGCCGGAGUUCACCUCGUCUCUCUCGGUUUCCGUGGCCGGGUGCUCGUCCGGCGAGGCGUCGGAGAGCGCGAGCUGCGAGCUGCUCCUCAGGCUGGGCUCGGCAACCCUGCAGCACGGCCAGACGGAGCUGAACUGUUCCGGCGUCAGCUGCUCCGCGUCCCUCUCUAACCCUCCGUGGGACUCGUGGCUGCGGGUCGUUGUGGAGAACCAAGCCAACCGAACUGUAACCUUCAGGAUUGGAUCCAACUUCACAGUGGGAUGUAAGCCAAAGAGCGUAGGCCUCACAGCGGACGAUGACAUCACAAAGCUACUCGGCAAGAGCAGCGUCUCCAACGCCACGGCGACGAGGAACGGCUCGGCGCCGGCUCCACCGGCGUCCGCGUGCGUGUGGAGCGUCCCCGUGCUCUACGAGGAGCUGGACGUUCUGUCGCUGCGUUACGCACCCGUCAACGGCUCCAACGUCAGUGUCAUGGAAACGCACCCGACGCUGCUCACCUACCCGCUGCCCCCGCAGGCCACCGGGGGAACGCUCAACCUGCAGCUCACGCUCAACUCUACUAAUGCAACUUUGGGGAAUAACAGCAUCGUGGCCUGUUUCUCUGCCUGGGCUCCAGUCCUCCAACUCAACCACUCUGAACCCUGCAGAACAGCUUUGUUUGGAGGAUACGCCGUCGGGAUCAAUGUCAGCGUCCCUCAAGCUGUGGUCAGGCUGCCUUUUCCUCAGUCCACAACAUGGUACCUCACCCUGCAGCUCCUAUGCAACAGCAGUGACUGCGGUAACGCCUCGGUGGUGUCCGUGGUCCCCGAGGUGUCCGUCAGCGCCUGUGUGGACGACUGCGGGCCGUUUGGUGAAUGUAGGCUGCUGAGAUCCUACACAUACCUAUACUCUGCCUGUGUCUGCUCUGCAGGCUGGAAAGGUUGGGGCUGCACCGACGGCUCCACCGCUCAGUCGUACGCCCGCCAGCUGACGGCAACCAUGCUGCUGACGCUCAGCAACCUGUUCUUCCUGCCCGCCAUCGUGGUCGCCAUCGGACGCUCCUACAUCACCGAGGCCUUCGUCUACCUCUUCACCAUGUUCUUCUCUACGUUCUACCACGCCUGCGACCAGCCAGGCGUGGCGGUCCUGUGCAUCAUGGACUAUGACGCCCUGCAGUACUGCGACUUCCUCGGCUCCAUCUGCUCCAUCUGGGUCACCAUCCUCUGCAUGGCUCGCCUGGGAGACACAGCCAAAUAUACUCUGUUUCUGCUCGGGGCCUUGCUCAUAGCCAUGUCGAUGCAGCUGGACCGCAAGGGCCUCUGGAACCUGCUGGGCCCCAUCCUCUGUGCCAUACUUCUCAUGGUCACUUCCUGGGUGUACAGGGGCGUCCGCCGGCGACACUGCUACCCACCCUCCUGGCAACGCUGGGUCUUCUACCUCCUGCCCGGAGCGCUGUGCGCCCUCGUCGGAGUGUGCCUGUACGUCUUCGCCGAGACGGAGAGCAACUACUACUACACGCACUCGCUGUGGCACAUCCUGGUGGCCAGCUGCGUGGUCUUCCUGCUGCCGCCGAGGGAGAAGGACCGGAAUGCGCUGGGCUGGAGCCGGGGCUUCAGCUGGAGGUGGAGCUGGAGGCCGCGGGUUUGUGGAUACACGCUCUGCGAGAGCAGCAAAGACGAACUCUACACGGUCACGUAGCAGAGGGGGAGGCAAAGCGGGUCCGGCCUUUAUUUACAGUCUGACUCUUUACCUGGACGAGGCGUUUUCCUGUGUAAAGCUGUAUAUUCACAUAAGUCCACAUACGUUUCAUAUUCACAUGUGCUCCAAGUGGAAGAGGGAUCUUAUAUUUAGAUUGAGAAAUAGGAACAUAUAUGCUCUUUAUAACCCACAUCCAGUCUGCUGGAAUCUCUAGAGGGAUGCACCAAUUAGAUUUUUAUAGCCGAUUUCUGGCCUGCCAUACAGACUUAAUGUGAUUCCAAUUCUUCUUUAUAGACUUUACUUACAAAAUGCCCAGGGUGAGGGUAGCGGGACGUAUAAAGUGGGGGCUUGUCCGGGAUAUAUAUCUAUAUAUAUCCUCUCUCUCUCUCCAUCUAUCGCAUCCUGAACAAACCACAGACAUGUCUCAACUCGUAGAAAACAAUUUUCUUUUUAAGAUUUGUACAGCCUCCUCUCAAUUAAAUUUAAACAACUUGCUAAUAGGAAUACUGGUAGUUUAGUCUUAGUGCAGUCACUGAUUGGAAUUACUAAUUUAAGGCUCAACUAAAAAUCAUCUGGUGCAUCUCUGUUUGUAGAGAUUGUUUUUUUUUUUUUUUUUGUAUUUAUGCAAUUUGUCAGACAUGCUUGUCUAAAAUAUUUAUAAAUGAUAUUUCUUAAUCUUAAAUCUCCACAAAGAUGUUGUAUUUAUGAAUGAUAUGUUUUUGUUUUCCCCCUAUAGGUCUGGGUUCAAUUGGAAGAAUUUAGAACCCCAGAUGAAAUUUGAACAAUUAUUUACUGCCAGGCAGGUACUAUAAUACUAUCGAAUUUGUACUGUAUUCUAUCGCAAUCCUUUAAAAAAAAAUGCCGUAUCCGGUUACACCUCAAAAAUCCAACCCAACGGCAGGAAAACUACUGCUGCUCAUUACAAUCACUUACUGUUUUCACACAGCAUCAGAAUUCUGACAAUCACACCUCGGUCUCAUGGCUGCAGAUCAGAACAACCUGGAUGAGGAAAACGAUGAAGAAAAUGUACGAAGAAAUCCGAUUUACUGACUCUAUUAUUUGGGUAAGAUGGAAUCUUUCUGAACCUUCUGGAAAAGGCCAUUUAUGUGGUAAAUGCAGCAUCUUUUAUUUUUUUUGCUGUUGUUGUUGUUGUAGACCUAAGAUAACAGGGCUGUCGUGUAUCUUCAGUAAAAUAACUCAUGAAUUUUGAAUAAGAUUCUGGAGGCAGCCAUGACGCCUGGUUACGACCUUGUAUGUGCCCCAGAUUUCUUUUAAAGCUGCAAGCCAGACUUUUCAACGACUUUCAUUCGCUGACCUUUCACAUUUUAAUUGCAGUAGGUCAUGCAUACAAAACCCGUCGAGGUCGGUUGUUCUCUUUGUUAUGCCUUUUUACUGUGAACUGUUUCUUUGUGAAGAAGAAAGUGCCUGCCUUUGUAGAGGCGCAUGUCUCUGGUGACAUCACAAAAGACAUCCAAUCAGAGUUCUUUUUCCUUUUCUUACAAAAAAAAAAAUAAUAAUUAACUGGUUUUUAAUCCAGUUGGAGUCUGACUCAUCUGUGUGCCUGUAGCUAUGCAUCAAGCUAGAUAGCUAGCUAGAUGCAAAUCUUACUGGCUAGCUAAUUAGAUUUAGCUAGCUUUUACUAACCAAGUCUUUUUAGCUAGUAAAAAGAUUUAGAUAACUUUUACUAGCUAAACAUUUUUAGCUAGUAAAAACAGUUAGCUAGUUUUUACUAGCUAAAACUUUUUAGCUGUUUUUUUUUUUAACUAGCAAAGUUUUCUAGCUUGCUAAAUCAGACUGGCUUCUGUUUUUUUUUUUAAUUACCCAGCUUUGUUUUUAUUGUCAUGUGUAUUGAACAUGACCUGGUAGGAAUAUUCUGCUUUGAACGAAGACUCUUUGUGGAAGUAAAUUGAAGAAACCAUUUUCUGUUCAUCUGCAGUCCAAAAAAUGACAACUCUUUAAGUUAAUAAGAUGUUUCUUUUUCACAGUUUUGGUGUGAUAUAAAUCACUCGUAUAUGUAUAAAUCAGCACUCAGUGAAUGUAUGCUAUAAUUGCUGGCCAGUGCCUCUUCUUUUUGUCUUUUUUCUUUUUUUUUAUUGCACUUUAUGUACAGUAUAGGAGCUCUGUGGGCAGAGGGGGCGGGACUUAGUCUCUUGUACCAGUAAAGCUACUGAUAUCCUGCUAUAUUUAAUCCAAAACUCUAUAAUCGUCUCAUGUGUUUCUUUGAUCUAGUUUUCUCUUGAAAGCUUCAAUUUCUCUCUGUUGUGACUUUGCACAUAUUUUCUCCUUAUUGUUCAAAACCUGCACAGCCUUCCUUUUAUUGCUUAAGUUGUAUCUUCAUACAAUGUAACUUUGACACUACGACAUUGGAAUAUGAGGCGGGGGAAUAACAACUGACCACUGUGAUUUACUGCGGGUUUUUUUGUUUGUUUUUCUCAUCAAAGGAUAGAAAAUGUGAUUCUGUUUCUUGUCAAAAUGGGAUCGAGCCUUGGAGAAAUAAAUCUACUGUGCAAGAAGAAAA